AAGGUUGGUGCGAGAUCGGUAGAAGUACCAAGAAGAGUAUCACGAGAUACAAAUUUAAAUUUACUGCCGUAAAUCGGCCACAAGAAACACUCCUGGAGUCUGCGAUCAUUUCAACAUGAAGACUGGAUCGUCCUCGUCUAAAGGCGCUUCGUCCUCGUCUGCGGGGGUUCGCCUUCUCUCAGAGGCAGGCUUACCCUGUAGAAGGUGAGUCAAUUCCCAUUCGAUUGCGUGGACACAACACCCGGGAUUCUGUGGAAGGUGAGUCAACUGCCAUUUUACACGGCUUGUCGGAGUCACGGACAGACGCAAGGUCCUUUUCAGCUUUCUACACAAAUGCACAGUCGACAAGUUUUCAAGUAGCUCGCGGUUUUGGACCUUUAUUUGUAGUACCUCCAACUCCCCUCCCGCAUUCUCCGCUUCCAGUGUGCUUUCUGGCGUGCUGUGUGAUAGGACGUACUGCUCUUCCAGGACGAGGAUUUGAUCCACGAAAAGCUUAAAACAAGAUUCCUGCUCAUGUCGGUGCUGAGCGACUCUUCUCGCGUUGGGCGUUCAGGUCCAGACUGGACUGCAGCAAUGGGUAUGAUCGCGACAAGGAGGAGGUUAAAAAGAAGUGCUACUUUGACGAUGUUCGAUUCAUCUGCUAGAAGCAGUUCUUGUGCUGGAGCGAUACGAGAUGAAAGCAGAGUGGGGACCAGUAGUAGCAGCAGAAGUAGCAGUUGUUUUACUAGUUCUCGGGACGCCUUGAGCGGCGUGACAAGAACUAACAGCCACUGGAGGAGUUCUCGGUGGAGAGGCGUGGGCGUAAAAACUCCAAGUGGUCGUAGUGGUCAACAUUGCGGAACGUGUGUUCACAGCAUUUUAAAAAUUCAGCAUUCAUUGCGCUGGCUGUACGUGUUGCUGCUCACUUGGUUUUUCUUUAUGGAACGAGACCCACUAAGCGUAGACUACAUCGAAACAAGCAGCGUACUAGAAGGGACGGACAAAGAUCAUGAAAAAUCAGGAGGAAAAGCAGUAGCAAAGACACGAGGAGCAGACGUUGAGGCUAAAAAGGGUAUCUUUAGCGACGUGCUUCCUCAACAUAACAACAUUCCUCAACAUAAUCCGGUAGAGAAGUCCCUGGGAGAGACCGCCUCCACCUCCUCGUCAAGGAGAGAACCAAGAACGUCCCCAAGAACUGCAUCAAUAACACGGCAGAGGAGCUCAUCUUCUACGAUUUUCGCGGCGGCUCAAAUAUACCCGUUCCAGGAACAAGAGGUGCCAAGAGCGAGGUCGUUGCAUGUUUUGCAGGCAUUCUACGUUUUCGCUGGUCAGGAGGCCCCCACCACAAAGAAGAAUGCGUUCGUCAUUUUCCACGAACUACGACGAACAAGGUCUUCUGCGGUACUGAACUUGUAAUGUACAAGACAACUGCCUAAACAUUUGCAAGGAUGGUCGCUGCGUGGUAGUUCCCUCUUACGAUAUUCCUUUUUAGUUGUGCUAAACAAAUUCAUGGGUACUUACUUCUACUUCUACAUUCUUCAAUCAUUCACAUAAUCAAGCUCAACACCCCGUCACAUCAACGACUAAGUACCCGCCAUAUCAAGUACUGCCUUUUUAUACCCUCAGGAAUUAGAGCAUUAUAAGGGUGUCCAGUUAACGAUGAUGCGAUAUCGAGACUUCUUGAAGCAUGUAGAUAAAGCCGACUUCUGUUGCUUCCCGGAUGACGAGAAUUGCAAAGAGGACAAGCUGAAAUACAAAGACCUACCCUUUUAUGGACUUCUUGUAGAUUUUUCCACCUCCUGCUUAAAGGAUGAAGAACACCUCGGGAAUCUAUCAGACGAGUCCUCUUCUCGUUUCUUGAUCAGAUGAUCAUGAUCAUCUGCUAGCUUGGAUGGAAAAAACUGCCUUGUUACAAGUACUUUCAUAUCUCGGGAGAGACCAAGCCAAAAAACACGUACUCCGUGGACGUUCUUUCGGCGUCCCAGCGACCACCACAAGAUAUCCGGAGAAAUAUCACUGAGUCUGGAGUUUACCUCCUAAUUUUUUCCAACUGCGGAAAGGCAGAAGACAUCGCAAUCGCUGGAAACGUAGUGGUGCGCAAUCCCUUCGGCUAUUUGCCAGCAAUAGAGUACUGCAAAAAAUACUAUAAUUUGAAUUUGAAGUGCAGCUACUUAAUCAGACGUUUUUUCUCCUAGAAAGUGUGCGGCUUCAAGGACCAACUACUCUGCUGUUUUUAGUGGCGAAGGACUUACUCAUUCUUAAAUAUCAGGGUCUCAGUGUCGACCUUCUACCUAGGUGUCAGGUCUAGAAGGUUGUGAAGGAAUCAGUCACUUGAAGCUAAAUUUACUAGAGCAGUUUUGCUACGCAUUGAUCUGCUGUGCGGUAAUUACCUGCAUUGAGCAUCAUCUUGUCAAACAAACAGUUACCCAAAGUGGCCUCUUUAUGGAUGGUUAUGCGCGGUUUACCUUGCGUUGAUCGCUUACUGGUUGCUUCGAUGUUGGUGGUGGUGGAGGGAGCUUUUUUCGAUCCACGGUUGCAUCGGUGGGGUCAUUCUCCUGGGGUUUAUCGAAUGCUCUGUAUGGUACGAAGAUUUUUAGUAUAUUUGAGACGAACGGAAAAGAUAGACGCAGCCACGCUGGCCGCCCGCGAAGCGAACUAGCGGGCGGGGCUGCGGCUUGGGGAUGUGGGCACUCUUUAGCUGCGGGCACGGGGGCCGCUGCUGUUAUGGGCGGGGCAGUCGGCUGAGACGCGUUAACGCCACCCGCAGAGCGGCGCUGGGGAGUUUGGAGCCGCCGAAACCGCUCGGCAAUGUCUUCGAGGAAAAGGGGGCGAGGCGGGUGAUCGAGCCUCCCCAAAAGGGCGCACGCAGUCGAACUCCCCGCGAGCGGUCUUGUGUCUGUACAGGCUGGCGGAUCUGCUGCGGGGGACUACGCUACUCCCAAGCGUGAGCAGUUUCUGCCUCGCCGAAAAGCAAACCGCUAAGACGCGAGGGGAAAGAAUAGCGACCCGCCGGAGCGAUGCCCGGACACGGAUGCGGUGGCAUUGCUGCCUGGCACACUUCAGACCACGUUCGCCGAAGGAUGAGAGAGGCGAACGACGUAUAAGCAGGGGGGGGUGGGCUGGCUAGGUUUGCGCCUUGGUCUUUUUCUUCAUGAGUCGGGCACUUUUGGUUCAUAUGCGUGCUGCAGUCAUGACGCCCGCCGCUGCGGCAAUGAAUAACGAAGAACAUGCGCUGCGGGGAGCGACCGCGCCGAGCGGUAAGAAUAGAAGCAGGGCAUGGCCGUAAAUUUUACGCGUGUGGCUUCGAAGCGGGGGCGCGUAGUAUCGUGGCUACUUCUGUGAAAGAAAAGCGGCAGGAGGAAUAAGCGCGGCCAGCUUUUUGCCUGGGCAGCGGUUGGCGUAACGCCCCAGACUGCUGCGGAGGUGGCUGCAAAUGCUGCGGGUGCGCCAGGCUCCCAGCGUGUGACGUGGUGCGCAUUUUGUGACUUCUUUGAGCUUCACGGCACUCGCGCGCUCGCUGAGAGAGCUCGUCGGGCGGGGUCGGUUAUCUCGCUCCCCCAAAAGUAAGACGAGGGUCAGCAGAUUGGCCCCACGUUUCGGCGUUCAGUUAUGUCAGUUCAGAUAGCGGCAAACGAGUCGGCGUAAGUUAGUGGAUGCCCAGCCGCCUCGUGUUGGGGGGUGAAGGGGUCGGCUUCGUGGGGGCUGCCUAGCGGAUUAUCGGCCUCGGCAUGUAGCGCAGACAUUUAAUUAUGGGCGGGGAAGGCUGGGGCUUUGCUGGUGGUUGCUACUUACUUAACUCAGGGGUGGGGAGGCGACCGGGCGAGGAGAGCCGCGCGAUCUGCGCUUGGGCAGGCUGCUGGUUGUGUGAUUUUGGUGCCGGUGCGUAGCGCUUGGCUGCUGUGUAAAGUAGUGUGUAGGUAACAAGCUACUUAAGUAGGAGGAUACAGGAGUCAGUCAGACAGACGUGCGGCUCGUUUUCUGGUAUUUUUGACGUCAUCCGCUGUUCCAUGCCCACGCCGUGUGUGUUCUUCAGGUAUAUUUUUUACACUGAAUGGAACGAGAACGGUUCGCGGCCACAGGCUCUCUUUGUCGCUGCUAUCUUGGGGACAGUGGCCAAGAACAUCUUUUCGCAGAUUCUAGUACUACUCGCGAGUCUAGGAUGGGGGAUUACGCAGCCCACGCUUCCGCGGGACACGAUAUUGAAGAUCCAGAUUCUCACGUUCUUGUACUACGAAUAUCAAUAUCCUUUUUCACUGAUAACUAAUAUUGCACGAAUCAUCGGAGGUUACAACUACUAUGAUACAGCAGGCAGAGUGGAUCACUUGUGGUCGUGGUCAUGGAUCACUUUACUUGAUGUUCUCUUUUGCGUUUCUUGGUAUGACUCGACUUGCCUUGCCCUAGAAGGCAAUGCAGUCAGCAUUUGCUUUUCAUAGACUAAGACAGCUAGUAUGCACCUGCACAUCUCAUUAAGGUAUUUGAUUCUGGAUAGCAUCCGCGAAGUGGUUCUCUCCCUGAGGCACUCUAUGGUGCUGCCGCUCGCGUUUGUGCUGCUGUGCCUCGUUCCAGUCGCUCUACUGCAUGCGGGUAUCUUGUACUGGAUCUUUGUAGCGCUGUCAUCGCUCUUAAUCAAGUUGGAGCAGACCCAGCAGACGGAGAAGCUGGAUCUUUUCCUCUCGUUCUGGAAGUGCCUCGUUCUAUCGGUAGUGGUCAUGGGCGUAAGUUUCGUCUAUCAUUAUGACUAUGGGGCUUCUUCUCCUUGUUAAAGAGAAUGUCAAAGAUGUUGAAAAUUGAGUUCUUACCGUAGCAGAGAAAGAAUAGAAACAAACUUCUCUUUGGUGCAUUUUCAGCACCGUUUGUAGUUUUUGCACGUUGUAAGGAAAGUAUUUCUACUUGUAGCUCGUGCUGCUCAACAUUGUCGAUUGCUUGAUCUAUGUAUUGUGAAUUUCCUCCAACCCUUCUUGUUCUAAACCUUAUUGUGGAGCUAUUCGACUUCGAUAGAAAACCAGUUGCGAACAGCAAAAUGGAGCACGGCUUGGAUUUUCACGGACCUCGUUUCCCAUGUCCUAUUUCUGUUUGUGCUGAUGACGAUGAUGCAUCUCUGGGCCCCAAGCAGUCGCAGUCGGCAUUACGCUUACUCUCAGCAAAUAUUAAGGCUUCCCCUAAUCCAUCUCCAGAAGCAUCUCGCCACUGUUUUCCCUUAAGAGGAAGAACACAGAUGAUCCGAGCUGACUUUUCGUUUUCCCAAGAGAUGGAGGAGAUCAUGAGGGUGAGCUCUAAAAAGAGUAGAAAUGGUAGGCGUUUCCAGUAUAGAGGUAGGUCCGGCAGUCGCAGAAGCAGACGAUGCGGCCAAAGAGGAAGAAUGGGAAAACAUGCAAGAGGAGGAUGAAGACCCAGACAGUUUCUGGAGCCAGACGAACCCUGAUUAUGCUGUAGAAGUGAGAAUGUUGUAAGCAUCCCCAUUAAACAUCCAUAUGUUGUAAGCAUCCCCAGCAGGUGCCGGUGGGGCCCGUUGUGCAGGCUCCAGAACCUAACCUAACCAUCUAGAUCUAGAGGGACCUCGUCCAGGAAGUAAUGAAGUGCUGCUCUCCAUUGCACAGUAAUGGAAGAAACUACAAGAGGACGUCUAAAAAUGAGGGAAGCCAAAAAAAUCGUCGCCUACCGUCACGGGUGAGACGGCGCUUGCGUAAAUCGAUGCGCGUGCGGUUGUGGAUGUGCUGGCGAUUCCAGUUUCUUGGGAACAUGAUGUAUCAUUCAAACAGACAGGAUUGUCAUGACAAAAACGAAACGGAUUCAAAAAACUCACUAGGGCGUAACGAGACUUCUAGUAGGGUUGAGUUGUUCUUCUUUUUCUGAGCAUCGCAUCGGGGUUUACUCUGAAGACUCUUUUGUGCUGACAACAAAGGCAACGCAGAGCUAUCUUAAUCGGGGUAGGCGCCAUUUUUACGGCGUUUAUCACUUAUGGCGGGCCUUCGAGUUCUUUUCGUGCCAAGAAGAUCAACGACAAAGUUUUGAUCAUCGACAGGAUCAAACAUAAAAAAAGCUUCGCAACGUGGAAUGAAUUAUGGGGAAGAUCCACGCUAGAAAAGGAAAAUUCAACGGGGCCGGUUCGCAAUGAGAGGCUUACGGGUAGC